GCACUCAGUUCGGUAACAGUAUCAUAUCGGAACGAGGAGUGUGUGGAACGUCUUGUAGUAUAACGUUCUUUUUGCGACCGGGGAAUGUAAACAGAUACUUUUGAGAAUAUUGAACACUAAGUGUGACACUUUUAUUACGAGAAUUUUAUGUGUUUUUCGGGGUUACCUGAUCUAUUCCGAUUUACUCUUCGUUUUUUUCUUCUUUUUUUGUGAAUAUUUUGUGUGACUUUUAUGGAUACGUUGAGGCUUUGAAAAAACUAGCAUUGAAUGUUUGAUUGUUUGCAGAAACAUGUAAAUUACAAGAAAAUCAAAUAAUUACAUAAACGGGCGUAAUGUGCCUAGGAUGUGGACGUCUGUGGACGGCACUACAAGUAAUAUGGAGUACAUUUUACAUUGUAUGUGGUGCUGCUCAACUGAUGGCAGGAAUAUUUUUCCUGAUUUCGGUACCUGAAAUCCACAUCUAUGCAGUCUUGGUCGCAGGAACAUGGAACAUUAUUAUUGGAAUUUGUGGAGGAAUUAUAGCGUGUAUAGGCGUUCUAUCUCCAAGAAGGCAGGAAAUUUUGCUCUAUUUAGCCAUUUCGAUUCUUACAAUAACUAUUGUGAAUAUAAUUGUGACUGAGUACUGGUUUUACACUACUGAUAUGUCGAAGAUACUUAGAAAAUAUAGUAAUUAUCUGCUCAUAGAAUACGCUUGUUUCGUGUCGAGAGUGGCAGCCGCAGUGGUGUUUGUGGUUUCAUUUAUCGAUUGUCAAUUCGCUUUUUGUUCAAUGCAAUUCGUUUCAAAACCCAGGAAUAAAAAGUUUAGAGGAUCACACGAACAACUUUCCGAUAUCGAGUACAUCAUACCUAGGCCGAAAAGUACGAAACCAAACUCGCACACUGUGUAUGACGCUUACGCUCAAAGUUGGGUUUUCGACGCCGACAACGCAAGCUGUUCCAACGGUAUUUCAGGGAAAGGACCCUACUUUGAAGUACUUCAAAAUGGAACGCCACAAAAAUCGACAAAUGGUACUGCCACUAAUGUGCAAAACGACAUAGUCAGAGAAAAUGGCCAUAUUGUCGACAAACCUGUAGUUCAUAUAGAAGAAGCUUCGGAUGACAGCACGAGCAAUAGUGACAGGAAACUAUGUUAUAUGAAAAGCUUCUCUCGCUCACAUUCACCAAUAGUUUUGUCGGCUAGUUCAUCUCAACUUAGUUUAAAUUCGAAUCACAAUAAAAAUCCUCUUAUAUAUGAAUGUUUAGAAAAACUCACGGAACCAACUAUAUAUCGCUCAAGACUAAAUACUGCUUUAAGUAACAAAGAAGACGAUCAACAUUACCAGGCUCCUCAAGCUGUGAUCAUGCGAAGACCAGAAUCCGUCACCCCUAGGGUAGAGACUGUUCAAUAUGCAUCUUUGAUGAAGGAAUUGCAAAAGAAAAUAGUGAAGAAAGAAUCUCCAAAUAUCACAUCGCCACAAAGUAAUACAAGUGAAAGCGCAACGACAUCCGAAAAAACUCACAACUCAAAAAGCAGCAGUCGUUCAGAAGGCAAAAGUAGUGAUGCAGAUUUCUCUAAAGAAUUAGAAGCAGCUCUACAAUUAAUACAAGAUUUAGAAAGUCCUAAUACUAUUGAUACGCCUUCAGAUGCCAAGUCCUUAGAUGGACAACCUAGACCUCUUGCUGUAUGGAGAAAUAGUGACGCUAGUGAGAGCAGUGAAAAAACUCUUAGUGCAGUAGGAUCCCUAGCCGAGAUUACCUCUCCCUUAACCGAGUGCCAACCUGAAUUGUAUACCUUCAAGCCGUCGGUGAACGGUAAGGGUGCUAAAGUUAUCGUCCACUAUCCUGAUUCCCAAAGCACCUCCGGAUACAGUUCACCAACCCAUGGACCGAACUGGUCCACAGCCUCCAGUAUAUCCGGAGGCAGCCCAGAUACUAAACCUACAUUAUAUUCCAUUCAUAAUACUAAAUCUACUACUGUUAUUUCAUUAUACUCUUCACCCAAUAACACCAAAGGAAAAUCCGUUACACUAGUCAAAAUAACUGGCGAUGAACCAGAUAACACAACCAAAAUUAAAGUUAAUAAUACAGAUACCACAAAUAACUCGUCAGUAAUACCCUGCUAUAACAGUACAAAUAUACCACAUUCCCCACUAAUCACUGAUUUCGUAAUCACUAAAAGCACCAAUAAAACAGACGAUGAUGAGGAACCAAAGGAAAAAUUAUCAACAUUUAAACCUCCUCAAUCUGGUUGGAAACUAAAUUCUCUGCUUCGUAAGAAAAAGCAAAACUCAAUACCAAAACUCGCUCCCGAAUUAGAAGGAGCAAUUGUUAAAUCCGAGAGUUUAGCUUAUUUGUCUGACAUCGAGUUACUAGCUAGACAUCAGAGGAACAAAGAGCUUCAAAGGGAAAUAGAGAAAAAAGUGGUGCAACAGCUGGGAGUUCCAAGGACUGCAAGGACUGAAUCAAAUUGCUAAAGAAUUUUAAAUAAAUUACAGAUUAUUCCCAAAAAGAAAUCUUCUACUAGUGUAUUCGUCCAUUUAACAACUUAUUUUAAUAAUAAUUUAUAUUUUUCCAAAUUAUAUUUGAAUAAUUCUAUGUUGUAUAUAUUGUUGUUAUAGUUAUAUAGUUUAUAUUAAUUCUAUUGUAAAUAUAUUCAAUUAGGUAUUGAAUUCCUUUUAUAAAUAAAAUAUCUCUAUAUGUA